CACACUUCAGUUUACUUUAUAUGAUAUACUAGUUUGGUGUAGUCUAUCAUUCUCUGCUUUAUGGCAUGGCUAGUUUAUCACGACCAGGAUGGAGAUUAUUGCAUGUCGUGUUCUGCAGUCUCAUGACUGUUAGUAUAAUAUCUGUAAUAGGGUUUAUCGUGACAUCACAAAUGACAUUAAAAUACAAUGUCAAGAUGCCUGACAUCAACCUGUUUCGAUACGUCGUUGAUACAAAGAAGGAUGAGUUGUCUUCGAGUCAACUUGAAGGGACGAGCACGAUCACCAUAGAGACGAAAAAUGUCACCUCUACGACAAAAUCAACUAUUCGGAGAUUUCAGUCUCAAAUGGAUGCAGAUGAUGACGAUGUUGCUAGUCGUUUGAAGAAGGAAGUACGUGUGUUGUGCUGGAUAAUGACAUGCCCUGCAAAUCUUAAGUAUAAGACUGUUUCCGUAAAACGCACGUGGGCCACGCGAUGUAACGUGGUUGUAUACAUCAGCUCAACUACGGACACCAGCUUCCCGACCGUGGGGCUCAACGUCUCCGAGGGACGGGAUCAUCUUACGGAAAAAAGUAUGCAAGCGUUUAAGUACGUGUACGACAAACAUUUCAAUGACGCUGAUUGGUUCUUAAAAGCUGAUGACGACACUUACGUUAUACUAGAAAACCUUCGUUAUUUACUGAAGUCACAUUCGCAUGAGGAACCUGUUUACUUCGGACAUCAUUUCAGGGCUCAAGUAAAGCAGGGUUACCACAGUGGAGGGGCGGGGUACGUCUUGAGUAAAGAAGCCCUACGAAGGCUGGCUCUGAAAGGAAACGAUACGAAUUUGUGCCAUAAAUCUGGUCUAGACGAAGACGUAGAGAUUGGUCGAUGUAUGGAGAAUAUUGGAGUCAAAAUUGGAAACUCAACGGACGCCUUAGGGCGAACCCGGUUCCAUUGCUUCUAUCCGUCAAUGCAUUUAUCCGGAUUAUACCCUUCCUGGUAUUCCCGAUACGACACACAUGGAGGAAAAAAGAAGGGACGUGAGAGUAUCAGUGAACACGCCAUUUCCUUUCAUUAUAUCACACCCACGGAGAUGUAUUAUCUGGAUUUUUUAAUUUAUCACAUACUGCCGUAUGGUAUAUCUUCCGUUGACAAGCAUCUCAACUAACGCGCUAGACACAAAAAAUCGACAUCAUACUUUGGAAGUUAAUUGGUCUGGACACUUUUGUUUAAGAAUUCAGGAGAUUUUUUUCUGGAUAAAUGAAACCGGAAUAUUACUGUUUUCGUCCUACUUCAUGCUAAUUUCAGUGCGAUUCACCUGGUCUUUAAACAAAAACGAUGGCCUUUGAUGUAAAAGUUCGGAGAAAAUCGUGCAUUUUUUUCCAAAACGAUCUCUUAAAUUACUUGCACUUAUAUUUUUUUGUAUUUAUCUAGAAUUGUAUGCAGCAUUAAGAUAUUCCUUUGAACGAUCAUAGAUAUGAGACAACACGAAUUACUCUCACACUUGCAAUUUCUGCUAGACAGGAACAUAUGUUAAGCUGAGAAUGCAUAUGAAUAAUUACACUGUAAAAGCAACUGAAGCUGAUAAAUCCGUCCUUUCUCGAACAGGUUGCUUGACCCAACCAUUUCUUAUAGAUAUAUACGUUUAGGCCAGGAUUGAAGCUAUUUACUUUUUUCAUGUAAAAAUAUCGUCCAUGCAAAUAAAAGAAGAUACGCCAUUAUACAUAAGGAUUGCCCUGUACUUUGACGGCGUAUACGGUAGCAUAAACGCAUAUGGCAACGGUUACAUCCUAUGCCAUGCGUUAGCACUCCAUAAAGAAUAUGUUUGUUUACAACUGCAUUCAUGCUCACGUAUACGCCGUCAAAAUGUAGGCAGCACACCAUAGGAUAUAUUCGUUGCCAAAAGCGUUCAUGCUACCAUAAGCGCCGUCAAAAUGAAGGUGUUCUUUAUAUUUACAUCCAAAACGCGUUAAAAUGCUUGUACGAAGGAAACGAGAUACACAGUCGGAGUAGGUUCCUACGAUGGUAACUACGGUAGCAAACAUAACAAUUUAACGCCAAAAUAGAAUAUUUAAAAUGCAGGUAGUUCAGUUAUUUUAAUGUGCUGAUGGAUUGAAAAAUCUAUCAAGUCAGAUGAUCCUGUCUGAGAUGCGAGGAAUUUAUGUCUGUUACUGUAGACAAUAUAAGUAAGGUUUAAAUGAUCAACGGAGAGAGUUUGAAACGAAAUCCUUU